AAGAGUUUUGAGUUUCAGCCAAAUAUGUGAUGCGACUCUUUCGGAUUCCUGUGGAGAGUAUGAAGGUAUGAUUACCAUUCUUUAUCCGUUCACUUUGAUUUAUUUUCAUCAAAGCAUUCUCCUUUAGCAUGGCUUGUCUCCGAUUUCCAGUAAUCCCUUUAAAUCAUACUUCUCCUGUCAGCAAAUCCCCCAGACCACAAACCCAUUUGAUAAAGCCUCAAGAUAACGAAAAACAUCAUCAAAUUCUUUACAAUUCUUACUUUAAACACAUUUCAUCUGUUUGUAAAGAGGGGAAACUACAAGACGCUGUCAACAUUCUUUUUGAAUUGGAAUCUCAGGACUUCGAAAUUGGAGCAAAUGUUUAUGGCGAUUUACUUCAAGGGUGUGUUUACGAGAGGAAUCUCUCUCUGGGUAAGCAAAUUCACUCAAGAGUCAUUAAAAAAGGCGAAUCCUUGGUUAAAAAUGAGUACAUUGAAACAAAAUUGGUUGUUUUCUAUGCGAAAUGUGAUUGUUUGGAUGUUGCUUCAAGUCUAUUCCGUAGAUUAGACCAGAAAAACGUGUUCUCUUGGGCUGCCAUCAUCGGACUAUAUUGUAGAAUGGGUUAUCUUCAAAAUACGUUGUUGGGAUUUUGUGCAAUGAUAGAAAACGGGUUUGAGGCUGACAAUUUUGUUGUUCCGAAUGUGUUAAAAGCUUGUGGUGGUCUUUCGUUCAUAGAGUUUGGGAAAGGUGUUCAUGGGCACGUUGUGAAAAAGGGAUUUGAAGGAUGUGUUUUUGUAGCCAGCAGUCUUGUAGACAUGUAUGGCAAGUGUGGGGCUCUUGAAGAUGCACGAAAGGUGUUCGACAAUAUGCCCGAAAGAAACGUAGUCACUUGGAACUCAAUGAUGGUGGCUUAUGCUCAAAACGGGAUGCACGAGGAAGCAAUCCGUGUCUUCCAUGACAUGAGAACAGAAGGGAUUCAACCCACUGUGGUCACCAUGGUAACCUUUCUUUCAGCUUCAGCUAAUCUGUAUGCUCUUGAAGAAGGUAAACAAGGUCACGCCAUUGCAAUUUCAACAGGUUUAGACUCAGGUAACAUCAUGGGUACUUCUUUAAUCAAUCUCUAUUCCAAAUCUGGUUUAAUCGAGGAUGCCGAGAAAAUCUUUAACAAGAUCCUUAACAAAGAUACAGUAGCAUGGAAUUUGAUGAUAUCUUGUUAUCUACACAACAACCAAAUCCAAAAAACUAUAAACUUAUGCCACAAGAUGUUAUCACAACGAUUAAAAUUCGAUUCUGUCACAAUGACAUCAAUCACAACAAGCGCAGGCAAUACCCAGAAUUUAAAACUUGGAAAAUCAGCACAUUGUCACAUUAUACGAACCAAUCUGAUGUCUGACGUGGCAGUUUCAAGCAGCCUUGUGGACAUGUAUGCAAAAUGUAACAAAAUUCAUGAUGCAAGAACAGUUUUUUCCUUAACGGGUACUAAAGAUCUUGUGUUAUGGAACACAUUAUUGGCUGCUUAUGCUGAAAUCGGUUCAAGUGGUGAAGCAUUAAAUUUAUUCUAUAAAAUGCAACUAGAAGGAGUGCCACCAAAUACCGAAUCUUGGAAUUCGAUAAUUCUCGCGUUCUUGAAAAAUGGUCAAGUCAAAGAAGCCAUGGAUUCAUUUUCGGAAAUGAAAUCCUCCGGACUCGAGGGUAGUUUAGUCACUUACACUAUUUUGAUCUUUGGGUUAGUCCAAAACGGAUUUGUUGAUCAAUCAAUCUCAAUAUUUCAAGAAAUGCAAGAAAACGGGAUCAAACCGAAUAAUAUAAGCAUCGUUGGUGUACUUUCGGCUUGUAAAACUCGUGCUUCUUUGCAACUCGGAAGAGCGAUACAUGGAUAUGUAUUACGUCAUGAGAUGGAUAUAAACGUAAUUUUGGCGACUUCAUUGGUCGAUAUGUAUGCAAAAUGUGGGAGUAUAGAUUAUGCAAGAAAGGUUUUUGAUAUGAUUGUUGUCAAGGGUUUACCGUUGUAUAACGCGAUGAUUUCUGGUUACGCGUUACACGGUUGUGCCGUGGAAGUGAUCGCAGUAUUCCGGGAGUUGCAAAAUGACGGUUUUGACCCCGAUGAGAUAACGUUCACGAGUGUUUUGUCGGUAUGUCGACAUUGUGGGCUUGUGAAUGAAGGUUUGGGGAUUUUUGUUGAUAUGAUUAGAAAGUAUGGUGUGAAGCCGAGUAUGGAGCAUUUCGGUUGUGUGGCGAGUCUUCUUUCUAAAUGUGGAAACGAUGAAGUUUUUCAGUUUGUUAAAUGUAUGCGAUUUGAGCCCGACUCGCAUAUUUUGGGAUCUUUGCUCGAGUCUUGUAGAGGGACCAGGACUGAUACUGAUACUGAUAUUGGGACUGGGACCGAGACUAAUACUGAUACUGAUAUUGAGACUGGGACCGAGACUAAUACUGAUAGUGUAAAGUAUUUAAUGGAGAAUUUGAUGAAGAUUGACCCGGGGAAUUCGGGGAAUUAUGUGGCGGUUUCGAAUGCGUAUGCGGGAAAGGGAAUGUGGAAUGAAGUGUCGGAAUUGAGGAAUUUGAUGAGAGAGAAAGGAAUUAAGAAGAGUCCGGGGUGUAGUUGGAUUCAAAUCGGGAAAGAAGUUCAUGUUUUUGUGGCUAAUGAUCGAUCGCAUUCACGAACGGAUGAGAUAUAUUCCACUUUGGCGUUACUAAGAAAGGAAAUGCUAGGGAAUAGGGAUCCAUGAUUGGUGGAAAUGGAAUUUGUAUCAAGUUCAUGGUUUCUAUAAUUAGAAGCAAAAUGCGAGGUGAAGGUGAGGAUGUUUUUUAACAUGAGAAGAUUUGUACAGUUUGGUUUUAUGUGUAAAGAGCUUUUUGAAGCAUUAUACUACGAGGUGCAUAGAUAUUCCAAGCAUUAUAUAAUGAAACAAAAAAUUGUAAAUUUUGUUUCACCCAAAAAAUGGAAAAGACUUGCUUUCAUCUCUAAUUUAUAUUUUAUACAAAAGACAAAUACCCUUGUUU